GUACAGAAUCAGUUUCACUCUCCGGUGUCGAUCAAUCGUUUACCCAUUCCCCGCCAACGGGAGCGCUCUGCAACUGUCAGCAAAGACCGACGCCGCACGCCGCCGCCCAAAUUCUCUGCUGCCGUGCAACUUUUCAUCUCUUCCAUCUCCUCGCCAAGGAAGGAAGGAAGUAAGAGAGAGAAAGAAUUUGUCUGCUAUUUACCGUCGCCGCUUAGCUCCUCACGGCGAGCUUGAAUUUGUGAUAAGAGUGUUUGUUAGUUUGCAACUCCUUUUUCCUGUGACGAGUUUAGAUUUCAUGCUGUGGGUAGUGGGAAGGAUUUCUAUGGUUGGCAAGCUAAUGGUAGAGGGGGAAAGCUGGUGGAAUCAAGUCUCGUACAGUGACUACUACUAUCAUCAAUUGUCCAAAUCAAAAUUCAAAUCUUGAACGCUGCAGAUAUCUUCGAUAUCGGGUGUUUGCAAUUCUAGGUGCGAUUAGUGAAGUUGAACUCCACAUUGGGAUAUUUUUGUGGGCAUUUGAUGAUUGGCUUUUAGGUCUAUGAUUGCAUGCUGGUCUGUCUGUGUUCUCGGGCUGCAUUAGGCCGAUCCUUUCUUGGUGGGAUAAGAUGUUUGUAAAAGUCUGAACUUCCAUCUGUUUCACAUUUGGUUGUUAUGUUUGUAUGGAAUUUGUGCAAGGCUCAAAGAAAACGAUGCAUGUUUGAAAGUCUUUUCUAACAACAACCCGACCUGAUGACAUUAUUGCUCUUCUUUAUCAUACAAGGAUCGAACUACUUGUGGUUUAUCAUUCGUCUUGUUUGUUAGAUGUUCUGAUUGCCUGAAAAUUACUUUUUAUUUUAUUUUAUUUGCCUCUUCUUCUCACUAUGUGUUUAUUUUAUCUGGUGUUCUUUCAGUAAGGGUAAGAAAAUAAAAUAUCAAAAUGGCGAAUAGUAAAUACGAGUAUGUGAAGUCAUUUGAAGUUGAAGAUGAGAUUGUCCUUCCCCAUGUCAUUGUUGUUCGACUUCAUGCUCGUGACUAUUUAAGAUUCUGCAAAGCUCACGAGCUAAGAAGACCUUAUGAUGAAGAAGCGUUGGAUUUGAUGAACUCAUGUGCUGAAUUUGUGCAGAGAAAAUAUCCAGAUAUACUCUUUUCUUACGGAUUCAAUGAUGAAUACAGUUUUGUCUUCAAGAAGAAAACCAAGUUCUAUGAAAGGCGAGCUAGCAAAAUUUUCUCCCUGAUUACGUCAUGUUUCACUUCAGUAUUCGUUGACAAGUGGAAAGAAUUUCUUUCGGGAAGAGAACUUAAAUAUCCUCCUUCAUUUAGUGGACAAGUUAUUGUUUGUGCAACUGUUGAUGUUCUUCAACAUUAUCUUGCAUGGAGACAACAUGAAUGUUAUAUAGCUAAUCAGUAUAGUGCUUGUUUCUGGGCGUUGGUCAGUCACGGGAGAACUGAAAAGGAAGCCGAAGAUAUUUUGAAGGAUACCAAAAAGCAAGAGCAAAAUGAGAUGCUUCAUCAACAAUUCAAUAUCAAUUACAAUAAUCUUCCCAAAAUAUUCCGCUGGGGUUCUUGUGUCUUACUCAUGGAGGUGGAAGCUAUUGUAAAGUACGAUAAGGAUGGAUGUCCUGUUAAAAGAUUGAAAAAGCAAAUAUCAACAGUUCAUUCUCAGGAUAUAGCUAGAAGAACCUUUUGGAAUCAGAAGCCAAGUCUUGUAAAAGAACUGGGUUCUUUUGUGGAAGAUAUCAAAAGAAUCGACAAAGACUACAUAAAAUAUUUCCAAUCCGAAGCCAAGUUGAUGCCAUAUACUUGGGCGGUCAUAAGAAUCGACGGAUGCCAUUUCCACAAAUUUGCUGAUGUUCACAAGUUCGAGAAACCAAAUGAUGAACAAGCUUUGAAGUUAAUGAAUGAAUGUGCAGUUGGUGUUCUGGAUGAGUUCCGAGAAGUUAUAUUUUCAUAUGGUGUUAGUGACGAGUACAGCUUUAUAUUGAAGAGAAGCAGUCACCUUCAAAGAACAAAUCCGAGCGAUAUUGUGUCUUCUGUAGUAUCAUUCUUUACAUCCAUGUACGUGAUGAAAUGGAAGGCCUUCUUUCCAUUGACAGAUCUAGUUUGUCAGCCGUCAUUUGAUGGAAGGGUUGUCUGCUAUCCAUCAACAGAGAUCCUGCGAGAUUAUUUAUCAUGGAGGCAAGUAGAUUGCCAUAUAAACAAUCAAUAUAAUACUUGUUUCUGGAUGCUGGUUAAGUCAGGCAAAAGUAGAAGUGAUGCGCAGCAGAUCUUGAAGGGUACUCAAUCACAGGAGAAAAUGGAACUGCUAGCUAAUAACUUUGGUAUUGACUACAAUACUAUAGGCGAAAUGUUACGCCUUGGUUCCUCGGCUUUCUGGGAAGAGGAGAAUGGCUGCAGCAAGAUAGUUGUACAACACUGCAACAUAAUUGAUGAUGGUUUUUGGGGAGCACAUCCUUGCAUUCUUGCUUAGCUCUUCCAAUGAUUCUGGAAUUCAGUUCACUCAAAGGUAUGCUCAUAGACUCAUCAUCUAAGCACGGAAAAUAUUCCGGCUAAGUUGUAGAGGAUAAUCUUCCUGUCUUGAGGCUGAACUUACAAGUUCACUUAUGAACACAAAAUAGCGAGCAAAUUGCUUCUGAAAGGUGCACUGAAGUGCAAUAAGUUGAUUGCAGGCUGCCAACUACAGGUCAAUGGUGCAUGAAGAUAUUUUAUGGAGAUCGCUAUCUCAAAGUUCCCAUGAGUAAGCUAAUAUGCUAGCCUCGCUUUACAAAUUAAGGUGCUGAAUGUAU